CAACGAUUUUAUCAUUUCCAGGCAGAAAUUUUCAUUAUUAUUCUCAAUGUCAAACGACGAUAAAUUGCACGAAUUUCUCUCCAAAUCAGAGGCUGAGUUUGCCCUGAAACUACUCCAUCAACAGGAUCACUCUCAGUCUUUUGUUUUCUCACCAAUUGCUAUUUCAUUGGCUUUAUAUUCUCUAUAUGAGGCAGCUAGAGGUGAAACUCGUAGUCAGAUUCACGAUUGUCUUUUCAAAAAUGCCACUGAUGGAGAGAUGGUAACACAUUUUUCAAACGUCUCCACCGCACUUUCAGCAAUGAAAAAAGAUCCUCAAGUGAAAAUUUGCAAUCAUAUCAUAUGCAGAAAUGGAAUUAAAACCGAGUCAUUGUGUUUAGAUAAAGUAAAGUUACUUUAUAAUUGUGAAGUGUCAUCACACGAUUUAGACAAUGAAAAAGAAACUAUAAAAACAAUAAACAAAUUGAUACGAGAAAAUACGGAUGGACACAUUAAGAAAAUUAAUACCAAAAUAAGUAUUGAUAAAGAUCAAGUUGUAGUAUUUCUCAGUGCUGCAUGUUUUGAAGCUCAAUGGCAGAACAAGUUCCAUAAAUUAUCUACUUCCAAAAAAGAGUUUUUCUGCACAGCAAACUCACACAGAAACAUAAAAUUCUUACACGCAACUGGUGCUAACAGAAAAUACUGUGAAAACGACAAAUUCCAAGUUCUUAGUCUUCCAUAUACAGACAGUUCGUUUGAAAUGACAAUUUUUCUUCCAAAAGAACAAUUUGGAUUGGCUGAAGCAUUGAAAACACUGGGGACGUCUACCAUUCAAGAACUGAAGUCAAAUGUUUCUAACUAUCUAGUUAAUGUUCAAAUUCCAAUAUGGCGGAAUGAAACAGAGAUUGAUCUGAAUAGCACACUUCAGGCGAUUGGAAUAACAAAGAUACUUAACGAGUCUGCUUAUAUAGGGAAUUUUGCAGAAAAUGUUCAUAUUUCAGAAUUUAUUCACAAGGCAAUAAUUGAGGUUAACGAAAAUGGCACUUCUCCUGCAACUAACACCAAAGUUAUAACAAAACGAUGGCGAGAGGAAACCGGCGAAAUUCGAGAUUUUAUAGCAGACCAUCCAUUUUUAUACACAAUUCAUUACAAGAAUUCAAUUUUGUUUAUGGGUGUAUUUGCUGGAUGAUAACUAAAUUUGACUAUGAAUAAAACCACUUAAUUAAAAAAAACAUUUGUAAGUGGAGAAAAACUAGAAAAAUGAAUAAAGUUGUGAAGAAGAUUCAAAUCUUCUAA